GACGAGCCCGACACCAUGAGUAGAGCACCCACAGGGACCCCUCGAAGAACCAUCCUUACUGCACAAAAGGAUGCACCACCAAUUCUUGCAGCAUCUUUGAUCCAUGCAGCAAUUGAUGAAGUGCUACAGACUGAUCUUUCUGCUUUUAAGAAACAGAGUGUGGAAGAGGAAGAGGAGGGAGACCAAGGAAAGUUUAUCUUGCUGGAUGGAGGCUCUUUGCAGCGCUGUUUCUUUAAUAAGCUCCGAGACAUCUGCUGUGAAUGGCAGAAGCUGCUGCCUUCCCUGAAGUCAUUAAAACGCUUCCUGCUUAUUUCGAGCCAUGCCAUUCGCAACAUCCGCCGGAAAAUGGAGGACAGACAUGUUUUACUCCCAGAAUUCAAUCAACUCUUUGGCUUAUCGGAUGACAUUGAUCGAGCAUACUUUGCCGUAUUUGAUGGUCACGGUGGAGUGGAUGCCGCCAAUUAUGCAGCAACUCAUUUGCACGUCAAUGUGGCACUACACAAGGAGUUUCUUAAGAACCCAACUGAAGCCUUGAAAGAUGCUUUCCAGCAAACUGAUGAAAUGUUUCUUUUUAAAGCCAAAAGAGAGAGGCUUCGGAGUGGUACAACAGGUGUAUCUGCCUUAAUCGUAGGGAACAGAUUACACAUAGCCUGGGUUGGAGACUCCCAGGUAAUGUUGGUGCAGCAGGGAAAAGCAGUGACCCUGAUGGAACCUCACAAACCUGAAAGAGAAGAUGAGAGAAUGCGUAUAGAAGCCCUGGGUGGUUGUGUGACCUACGUAGACUGUUGGCGGGUCAAUGGAACCCUUGCUGUUUCCAGGGCAAUUGGUGAUAUAUAUCAGAAGCCCUAUAUUUCUGGAAGUGCAGAUGGCAAUUCAUUUGAGCUGACAGGUUCUGAAGAUUACUUGCUCCUGGCCUGCGAUGGAUUCUUUGAUGCCAUCAGACCAGAUGAAGUAGUGGACCUGGUCCUAGGUCACUUAAUGCAAAACAAAGGAGAUGGUUUCAAGGCAGCAGAGAGACUGGUGGCCUCAGCAAAGGAAAAUGGAUCCAAUGACAACAUCACUGUCGUACUGGUAUUCUUAAGGGACCCCCAAGACAUCUUGGCUGACUGCCUGGGAGACCCUAAAAACCUCAGUGCUGAUGAGGGUGCAGAGGAUUCAUCCUUUAAUUUUUUCAGCUCUGAGGUGAACAUUCAGAGUGAUAGCCACCCAAUGACAAAAUCUUAACUUGGAUAUGUUCCACUAAAAACAAUUCUUUCCAUUGAAGAAGCCUCUAGUAGAGGGAGGGGAAUGGUAAAAUGUCAGGAAUAAGAUGACCAAAAUUCCACAAAGAAAAAUGUCAGAGGUCAUCUUACUAUAUCUGUUUCCCCCUCUUCCCUAAAGACUGGAAGACAUGUGCAGCUACUUCUUCCCUGGAAAUAAUUUGAAAGUGUUUGCCAGGUUUCCAGUUCGCGUCCCUCUGUCCUUGGGGUUUUAAGGAACAUAUAAGCUAAUUGAGGAGAAUAACCGUUGGGUUAUGCUUUAAUUUAAAAUAGUGCUUAAAAAAGUAAAGCAACAUGCAGAUAGUUAUUUAUAAUAUGUUACCUGUUUAGGGUGGAGGAGAGGGAAGCUAUUAUCAAAGAGAAGCUUGUUACUGCAUACUAUCUCUAUGAAAUGUUCAGUAUUCUAGAGGAUCAAGUGCCCAGGAGUGGGAUCCUAUGCUCUUCAUUAUAUACCUUGAGACCUCCCAACUUCUUCAUUUCUUACCAAAGAAAACAUUGUGAAAGAGGGUGAUGUAAUAUAAACCUCAUCCUUUUAAAGAGCUAUUUGACUUUUCUUAUUCCUGGGGAAAAUAAAAUGGAACACUUAAGAGGAGAGGAACUAAGAAUAUCUGAAACAGAAGAAGCAAUUUGUAGUUACUUUCUGGCAUGGUCUGGUAAUUUAACUGACUGAUAUGGAAAAAAUAACUUUAGUGCAGGGAUGAAUUAUUUCCAUGACACAGACAUACUUUAUUAGCUACUUGGUAACCUGACUGUGUUUGAAAGGGGACCAUAGAAAUUGUGUGUCUGUGCUCUGCCAGUUCAAUAAGCUCGGAACUUGCCACAUUGUUUAUAGCAAACCAUAAGAAACUAAGUGAAGUAUUUUAUUUUAUUCUAAAGUAUAAAGUUUUUUAGUAUUUACUGAAUGUUAUGGUUGUAGGAGCUUUUUUGCAAUGUUUUUGUACUUUGUUGGAUUUUAUUUAAUUUAAAUGAUUAGGAUUUUUAAAAUGUAGACUUUGUCUGCCUGUAAAAACUGGCCAGCCUCAAGUGCCUUAAAUGUUUCAGAAAAGGAUGGGGAAGGUUAGUUUUCUAUCAAAUUCUGGUGACCAUGUUCUAGUUACGUUUUUUAAAAUUUGGUUUAUUUCAUUAGUAUAAAAUAUUGUAAUGCACUUAUAGAUCUUUCUGUUUGUGUGAAUGAGCUGGAACUGUGUACCAAGAACAUCUUACUUUCCAGUGUUGCCAAACUUUGUGUUGAUCAUGAGACUCAUGUCAUUUUUAGUGUUUUCUAAAAGACUUGCAGUAAGCAUGCCUCAGGUUAUUUACCUAAGAAAUUUCACUUUCAUUAAAAAAAAAUCUAAUCCUCAGUGUUGUAGACUAAAACAAACCCAACUGUGUUCCAAUUCCAGCAUGCAGAUGUUCAAUAAAAAGAACUCCAAUUAUAAUAUUAAAAAAAUGUGCUUGCCUCAUGAUUUAAUGCUAAAUGUUGGCAAUAUUGCAUAUAUGAGAACUUUUUUGAUACAAUAACUUUUUGAGGAAGUAAGAAGUUACAGUUUUACUAGAGAACCAUGUAAUAUGUAUAUAACGUGUUGAUGCAAGCAUGCAGAAUGCAUGCAUAUAUAAUUACAUUGCUUUGAAGGUGGUAGAACCAUGACAAUCACAAUAUGUGCUGCUGGAGCCUUUAGUUUGAUUCUGUCAUGGCUCCCACCACCAGAAUACUUUGUAUAUUCAGGAACUGAAAGCUGUAUUGCAAAUUUAUUAUUUUAUAACUCUUAUAUCUGAAUAGGAAAAGCAGCUCACGAGGUGCCGUGAUUGUAACAUCACUUUUGAUUUUUGGCAUACUGUCAUACAGCAUUCCUGUUGGUUAAAAUAUCCCAAAUGUUUUAAAUCAGAAGUAUUUUAAGAGUAGUAAACUUCGGUAGAAAAUGGAGAUUUAUCUCUGCUUGAUGAGACAGUAGCCUUAAAAUAAUGAGGUGGGGGCAAAAAGGCAAAGCAGCACUGAUUGGACUCAUGCUAGGAUAUACUGUCAUAGGAUAAUACAAUAAUCCAAGUGAUUUGUCAGAUUACUACCAACAGAUCUUAUAGUUAGUUCAACAUGGUAACUCCCUGAUGGGGGAGAAAUAUUCUACCUGUUAGUAAUUCUGACAGUGGCUCCAUUACUGAAUUAUCAUGGAGUGGAAGAGGCCUCAGGAGAUCAUCAAGUCCAAUCCCAAUUCCCUGCUAAAAAUAGGACCAGUCCCAACUUUAUUUUCCCAGGCAGGAUCUCAAAUCCGUCAUCUUAUUGUAAAUCAUGUGGUCCAGCCCCCUAAUCAUUUUUGCUGCUCUCCUCUGACCUUUCUGCAAUGCGUCCACAUCCUUUCUGUAAUGGGGGGCCAAGAAUUGGACACAGUACUCCAGAUAUGACUUCUCCAAUGCCAAAUAAAGUGCAAUAAUCACUUCCCUAAAUUUCCUGGAAAUGUUCCUACUAAUGCACCCCACUAUGCAGUUAGCUUUCUUGCCUACCAGGGCACAGUGUUGACUCAUAACCAGUUUCUCAUCCACUGUAAUCACCAGGUCUUUUUCUGCUCAACUGCUGCUUAGCCAGUUCCAUCCCAAGUGCAGGACUCUGCACUUCUCCAUGUUCAACCUCAUCAGAUUUCUUUUAGCCCAAUCCUCCAAUUUGUCUAGGUCACUCUUGACCCUAUCCUACCCUCCCGGGUAUCUCCCUCUCCCCCUAGCUUAGUAUCAUCUGCAAACUUGCUAAAGGCACAACCCCUCCCCUCAGCCAGGUCAUUAGUAAAGUUGUUGAACAAAACCAGUCCCAGAACCAACCCUUGGGGCACACCACUUGAUACUGAUUGCCAACCAGACAUCGAACUGUUGAAUACUACCCAUUGAGCCUACCCUAAUCAUCUAUUCACCUUUCCACUUCUAGUAAGCUUCCUUUAUGUGUUUAAGCUCGCCAAGGAUUUCAUUGUUAAGCCAAUCUGGUCACCUACCAUAUUUGCUUUCCUUAUGGCUCAUCAGGAUGAUUUGUUCCUGUGCAUUCAAUAAGGCUUCUUUAAAAUACUGCCAGCUCUCCUCGAUUCCUUUCUCUUUUGUGUUAGCAUCCCAGGGGAUCCUGCCUGUCAGUUUCCGGAGGGAGUCAAAGUCAUCUUUUCUGAAGUCCAGGGUCUGUAUUUUCCUGCUCUCCUUUCAUCAGGAUGCUGAACUCAGCCAUCUCAUGAUCAUUUCUGCCCAGGUUGCAACUCACAUCUACUCACACUACUAAUUCCUCUCUCUGAGUGACAGGUCACGCUGCGCAUGGCCUCUGGUUGGUUCUUUGGGUAUUCGUACCAGGAAGUUGGCCCCAAUAUUCUCAAAAAUCUUCCUGGAUUGUCUGUGCAUUGUGUAUUGGUCUCCCAACAGAUAUCAACAGAUAUCAGGGUGAGAACCAGAGCCUGUGAUCUGGAAGCUUUUGUUAGUAUUCUGAAGAAAGCCUUAUCUACCUCAUCCACCUGAUUUGGUAGUCUAAAGCAGAUAACCACCGCAACAUCACCCUUGUUGCUUCUGCCUCUAAACUUGACUCAAAGACUCUCAACAGACUUUUCUCCCACUUUAUACUAGAGCUCUGAGCAAUCAUACUAUUUUCUUACAUUCAGUGCAACUCCUCCACCCUGUCCCUCCCGCAUGUCCUUCCUCAACAGUUUAUACCCUUCGAUGACAGUGCUUCAAUCAUGUGAGUCGUCUCACCAAGUCUUCCUUAUUCCAAUGAAAUCAUAGUUAUUUCACUGUGCCAGGACUUCCAAUUCUUCCUGCUUGUAUCCCAGAUUUCUUGUGUUCAUGUACGGACACAUUAGAUGUGGCCCCUGACUGAGCAGAAAGACUCUCUCCAC